CCAGGGACUCUUUGGAGAGUAAAAGAGAGAAAGAGGGAGAUCUGGAUCCAGGGCAGCUCAGUUUGCUCGGAGUGAGCCAGGAGCUUGUAGAACAAUGCCCCUCUAGCACUGCAGCCUUUCACUCGGAGCCAAGGCCACAGCGGGAACACCAGAAAAGAACUGCGGGAUCCGUGCAAAUCUACUGACAUCCGAGCUUUAAGCCAUUCUGCUCUAAAAGAUACAGCAUCUCGGGCCUCGACUAAUUGCCUCGCUGCAGUGAAAAGCGCUGGGAGCUCGCGGACGACCCUAAAGCAUCACCAUCAGGUGCUGCUGCUGCGGUGGCUACAGUCGCGAGCCUUUGGGUGGCAUAAAGACGACUGACCAAAACGAGAGCGGGUUUUUAUGACCAAGCUUAUGGCAAGGACAAAGUAAUGGAAGGUGUGUUUUUUUAAGGCAUGACUGAACUGAAGCAGCUGGACUGCUGAACAAAGAGCCGAGCGCGCGCACAAAUGUAGGCUAUAACCACGUUUUAUGAGCAGUUAUAGCUGCUCACAAAGGAAAAAAGUGCAACGAAUCGAGUCGCUUUUGCUGGAGAGGAAACGAAGAGCGCGAGCAAAAGUGGGCGGGGCCGCUGGCGAAGAAUUAAGGCACGGUCCUGUUGCGCUUCGUACGUGAAGUGCAUGAGAAAGAGAAGCGUUGGGUAACUGGACACCAGCUGUUAGUUGUUGUUUGCGCCGGCCACGUGCACUAUAUGCACGUUAUGGCUCUUUAGCAUAGACGUAAUGACCAAUAGUGGCCGUUCUGCUCGUUUCGCAUUACGUAUCUGACUGAGAAGAGGAGAAGGCACGCUUGCUCAAAAACUUGGCUGAGAGAGAGAGAGAGAGAGAGAGAGAGACUGGAGCCCCGCCUCUCCGCGCGCUGAUCCUGCCGUAGCCUUAUAACCACACGCCUGCUGGCCAGUCCCAGAGACCCAACACAACACGAGCACUGGACUUCACUGCGCUCGAUCGCUGACGCAUAGAUACUUGAACGGAAUAUUGUACCAUUUUCAUCCGAAAGAGAAGCAUCAUCGCUGGAGAAAAGACAGAGAGAGUGAGAGAAAGAGUGAGUGAGAUAGAAAGAAAGAAAGAGAAGAAAAUGGAUUUUUUAAACCACAACUACUUGAGCGCGCGUGCCUCGUACGACUACACCUUCAAUUUCUGGAACGACUACCUGGGCCUGUCCACGCUGGUGACCAAGAGCAACAGCAAGCGCGGCGCGCCCGCGGGACCCAACUCCAUCACGGAGUCUCUGAAGGCCACGCUGGGCCUGGACGACCCGGCGCCGUGCGCCUGCGCCCAGCCGGACUGCUGCUGCUGCUGCUGCUGCGCACCCGCCAGCCCGCCGCCCGCCUCUCUGCUCGAGCUCAAGGAUCGCUUCUCCGUGCUGAGCCCGUUCGGCGCGCGGCUCGAGCGGGACGCGGCGUUCGGUGGCGGAGGAGGCGGAGGCGGGGGUGGCGGCGGCCUCGCGGGACUCGAGCUGUUCGGCGCUGAGCGUAAGGCGAGGAGACCGGCGGCGCGCGCCAAGCAGGAGCCCAAGAUCUGCGUGUUCUGUCGGAAUAACGGCGCGCCCGAGGAGGUGUACGGGUCGCACGUGCUGAAGACGCCCGAGGGCCGCGUGGUGUGUCCCAUCCUGCGCGCGUACACCUGCCCGCUGUGCAGCGCCAACGGCGACAACGCGCACACCAUCAAGUACUGCCCGCUGUCCAAGGAGCAGCCCGCGCAAAGGGCGCUGAAGGGAGGGAGGGCGGUGGGGGGUAAGCGCGUGAAACUCUUCUGAGAGAGCCGUCUUCAGUAUACACAACCUCCAUGUAUUGCACUGAACGUUUUAUUGUCUCUCCUUCUUCUCCUCCUCCUCCUCCUCCUUCUUCUUCUUCAGAUGACUGUUCCGAUCGAGUCUUACCUGCUAGCCUACAGGAUUUAUUAAACAAAUAAGAUAUCAAUGUUUUCUGUUUAAGAAUAAAAAAUCUUUUAUAUUUUUAUAGAUGCUUUAUUUCCAUAGUUUAUUGUAUACUUUAUUCAUAAAAAAGAAUGAUAUUUUCCCUUUUUUCACGCGUUAGUUUUUAGAUGUUUAUUAGUUGAGAUUCACGUUCAGUCACGUUGGUGAGUGAGAUGUUUUCUUUUGUCGUUUGUUUGUUUUUAUGGGCGAACAUGAAUGUUGGCGUAAACAUCAGAGGAGCUGCUCUUCUGUCAGCCUCGACUGUUUUUGUUUGUUUGUUUGUUUGUUUUCUAUAGUGUAAGCCAAGCUUACGCCUCAUGUCGUCUUUCAAACCAAAGUUCUGUUUGCCAUGAAGCGAGCUUGAGAAUGUGUCCCGUUUUCCAGGCCCUUCCAUAGUCUACUGAAGUUUUCUGAGUGAAGCUGAAGUGCGCUUGCUGUGCUCGGUGAUGUGGCCCCGUUCCUUUCUUCCCACAAUCCACCACACGCUUUCCUUCCCACCCAGGCUGACAUUUAAUAUGGGCAAGGAGAGAAAAAAAACCGCACAGAAACACUGAGCAGAAACACAAUGGGGUCUCUGUUGCAUGUACAUGUACUCAGCAUAACUUCGUAAUCAAUAGAUGCCCAGCCAAAUUAGCCCAUUUCAGAGCCCCGUACUGACAGCAUCGACGAUUCUUUUCAGUCAGACUCUUUUUGAGAUAGAUGUCUUUAUGAGGCCAAUACAAGGUGCCCUUCUAAUGUUUACACCCCGAGCGAGGGGAACACACACUGGAGAACAUGUCUUAUGGGUACCUCUGGAUCUGCCACCCCCCCCGCCCCUCCUCCCCCCAACAAAAAAAAAAGCAUGACAAGCUAGCUGUGGGGAAACAGUGGGUGGGUUAUAAAAGAAUGCAGUCUGAUAACUUUCUCAAAAAGGGUCAGUGGUGGAACAGCACUAAUGAAUGUUCUUAAUAAAACAAAGUUUUUUUUUGUAAAACAAUGCAUUUGCCCCUUUUUGCAUUAUGUAAAAAAUGAAUAAAUAAUGACCCCCCCCCCCCCCCAAAAAAAAAGAAAAAAAAAAAAGAUGCAAAAAUGUUGUGAAUGUACAAUUGACACUUGCAGGACUGCACGUCUCUGACUAUUACGUUUACCAAAGGAAUUCAAUUUUAAUGAAGUAAAGAACAUAGAUUUGCUGUAUUGUAAAUAAAAGCAAAAAGUUGAGUGAUGUCUAUUCAGUAUUUUAACAUUUAAAAGUGACUUCAGAGGGUACUACCUCAACAGGAUUUUGUACUUACAUGUAAAAUGUCAACAGCAGUUUAUUAAUAUAGCGCUGCCAUUUAUAAUAAGGGUUUUUAAUAGUAUUUUUGAUCUUUGUAUAACAUAAUUGUAUUUUUCUUUCAUUGCAUUCUACAUAUGGAAGUGGAAUUCCAAUAAGCUCUUAGCAUUGUUUGCCAAUAGAUGAUGGCUGUAUAUAAUGACAAUAUCAUACUUUUUUAAGUUGUUCAAUGUUACAUUCUUGGUGAGUGAACGAGAGAAUGGAAUAUGUUGAAGACUUUAGACAAUUUGCCACUUUUAACUGAGGUUUGUAAUUAAAUUAAAAGAGGAAAAAAAAGAAAACACUGUUGAAUUUUGUUAUUUAUAUUUUGUCACAAUUCCCUGUAAGCUGCUGUGCAGAGAUAAACGAAAUGAAAUUCCAUAGAGAAAUAAACAGCUUAUCAAAUAUUUUA